GCAGAAGAACUCUCUAGAGAACUUUGGUGCUACUUACGGAGUGACAUACUGAGUAACGAACAACAAUAUUGGCCGCUUGUGAAGUCUGUGACCAUCAAGAUACCAAAUGUCAAAGACCUUCUGGAGCACAUUGUGCUAAUUGAUCUUCCAGGCAAUGGAGACUGCAACAAGAGUAGAGAUGAGAUGUGGAAAUCGGUUGUUGGAAGAUGCACCACUGUGUGGAUUGUGAGUGAAAUUAAUCGACCAGUGUCAGAGAAGGAAGCUUGGGAGAUCUUAGACAGAAGCGUCAGCUACUUGGGACACGGUGGACAAUGUCGAAGCAUCAGUUUCAUCUGCACAAAAACAGACAACAUCGGUGUGGAUUAUGACAUGAAAAAAGAACGUGACAGUAUAUUGAGCAGAAAUAUGGUUGCCAAGAAAAAGGUGGAAGAGAAAUUCAACAAGCAACCAAAAAUCAAGGAACAAUUCAACAUUGACAAGGACUUUUUCCAAGUGUUUACUGUGAGUUCCAAGGAAUUCCGGAAGAACAGUGUUUUACAGCCAGAAGACACAGAAAUACCCAAACUUCAGGAAUUUCUCAGAAAUCUCAAUGAUCGUCACACAAAGACUUCAGAUUAUGUUUCUGGAGCCUAUGGGAUCCUCUCUCUGAUAGAAGGAGCCAAAAGCAGCGACAUGACAGACAGCAAAAAAGAGGUGUGCCAGGUUCUGGAAAAUAACCUGAAAGAAGGGCUCGAAACCAUUGGUCAAACUAUGGAUGAGGCUUAUGAAGCUUUUGAACGAUGCCUCUCAGAAGGAGUUCGACAAUCAGUAGAAACAUGUGAGAAAAUUGCCAAGGAUAAAGUGAUAGAACCAAAAGGGAAAAAGGGCAGUGGGUACCAUAAGGUAUUGAAGUCCUUAUGCAAGAAUAACGGAGUUUACAAACCAAUCAGAAAAAAGGGAAAGAAAAGUCAAAGGGAAAGAAACCUUAAUGACAGUUUGGCCUCAUGUAUGAGAGAUCUCAGCAAUGAAACGUUCAAGAAAUAUUUCCCAAAUCAAGGCAAGGGCAGCUCAAUCAAUGAUUUGAUUGAUAACUUCACCCUUGACACAAACAGCUUGGUUGAGGCGCACCCAGAAGUGUCACUGCAUCUUACAUUCCUCAAGACGGAGGAAACCAAAUUGAAGGCGAAACUAACGAGGGACAUCCGUGAGAGGAAGAAAGAAAUCUACAACAUUCUCCCAAAGUCAAUCAGUGACACAAUGCGCCCAUGCUAUGAAAGGGCGGCACAGUAUACAGGACCAGACACUCUGGAGAGUAUGCGAAAGGAGCUGAGGAAUCACUUGAAGACAUUUAAGGAAGACAUGUUCCACAAGGCCAAGAAAGAGAUGCUGGAUCUCCUCAAAGAAAUGAAGAAGCACAUUGUGGAGGAGCUGGAGCGUGAACUACAAGAAUCCAUGAGCCAGUCACUCAAGACGCCUGACAGCUUGCUCGUCCCAGAUGUCUCUGAGGAAUAUGAAGAGAUGAAGAAGUGCUAUGAGAAACUGCACAGCAGCACCAAUGCAGCAACAACAACUGCCUGAUCAAGAAAAGCCUGUCUAAGACCACAGUCAAGCUGGGAUUUGCAGGCUAAUUAGAUAAUCAUAAUAAGUUUUUGUCUCAAUAUAUUUUCGCUUCUAUAUCAUAACCUAUUUGAUAUGCACCACAAAACUAACCAAGCAGUACUACUGUAUGCCUGUAUUUUACCUUUAUUUAACUAGGCAAGUCAGUUAAGAACAAAUUCUUAUUUUCAAUGAUGGCAUAGGAACAGUG